ACGCUGUAAUUUUUUCAACCUUCUCGUAAAAAGUUAAAAGUAUCACAAAGAACAGAACUUAUCAAAAUAUCGAGUGAAAAACGCCUUUUUUUUCCAUUUUUUUGUAAUGUUUAUAAUUUUUUAAGAGAAGAUCGUAGAAAAUGCAUUGAUCUCUCAUUUUAUUCUCUUUAAAAUGACAUUGUUAAAAAAUAGCUCUCGAGAAUUGAAAACUAUCGUAUUCAGUUUUUUCAAAAUAAAUCUUGCUAUACAAUGUAUUAAAUAGAUUAAGCUAAUAUUUUUUUCAUAUAUAAAUAUGAUAGAUAUUUUAAAAUUAUUUAGAUCGGUUCAAGAAAAUGGUCUCGUGAAUCUAUUCGUCUUCCAACAUUAUCAUUAACUCAUCCAAUAGUAUUAAUGCGUCAUCAAUUAGAAAGUUUAUCAUCAAUAUUUGAAUGUUUAUCAUUAUCAUGGCCAAUACUUCUUGUUGGUCCAUCAUCACGUUCAUCAAAAUCUACAUUAAUUCAUAUAUUAUCAUGUUUAUGUGGUCAUUCUUGUCAAACAUUUGAAUUAAAUUCUUCAAUUGAUACAAAUGAAUUAUUAGGAAAUUAUGAACAAUUUAAUUUUCAACAAUAUGCUAAAUAUCAUUUAAAUAUAUUAAAAAAUGAAUAUAUUAAAAAUAAUGAAAUAAAUAUAUUAAAUGAAUUAAAUAAUGAAAAUAAAAUAAUAACAAUUGAUUAUUUAAAUGAAUUAAAAAAAUAUUUUCCAUUAAAUGAAAUUGAAAAAUUAAUAUUAAAAUAUAGUCAAGAACAACAUUUUGUUUGGAUUGAAUCAAUAUUAAUACGUUCAAUGCGUCAAGGAGAUUGGUUAAUUCUUGAAAAUGUUAAUACAUGUUCAUUAAGUGUUUUAGAUCGUUUAAAUUCUUUAUUAGAACCAAAUGGACAAUUAAUAUUAAAUGAAGGUGGUGGACAAGGUUCAAUUAUUAAACCACAUGAAAAUUUUCGACUUAUUUUAACAAUGGAUCCUAAACAAGGUAAUGGAGAAAUAUCAAGAGCUAUGAAAAAUCGUUGUUGUGAAAUUUAUAUUGAUGAUCAACAAGAAUAUAAUUAUUAUGAUUUGAAAGAAUUAAUACAAGCUUGUCAAAUUUAUCAAACGAAACAACAAGAAGAUUUUAUUCAAAUUCAUCAAAUACUUUGUCAAAAAGUAUCAACAUUUGGUUUUCAUAAUUUAAUUCGAUCAUGUUUAUUAUAUAAUGAAUUAUUUCAUUCACCAAAUGAAUUAUUUCGUCUAGCAAUAAAAACAGCCUAUCGUACAUUAAAUACUCGUUUAAAUAAUGAAAUUGAUUUAUUAAUUGAUGAAUUUACUUCAAAUUCUAUAAAAUCAAAUUUUAUUGUAUCACCAACAUAUAUAAGUGAAUUAUGUUUACAACCUGAAUUAAUUAUUUCAAAUAAAAAAAAUACACCACUUUGGUAUUGUUCAUUAAAAACUGAACAAAGAAAAUUUCAUUUAUUAUUUUAUCGUUUUAUCGAAAAUAUAUCAUCACCAUCAAUUGAAUAUGAUUUAUUUUGUUUUAAACAUCCUCAAGAAAUAUUUCUAAUUAAUAUUAUUAAAGAAAUAAAUAAUAAUCAAAAUAAUUUAUUAGUACGAAUAUUAAUUGAACAUGAUUUUAUUUAUAAACAAUUAAAAAAAACUGUUAAAACAAAAUUUAAUGAUGAAGAUUUAUUUUUUGAAAAUAGUGAUGGACAAUUUUGGUUAUUAAUGAAACAAUAUUUUAUUCAAGCUUUAUCUUCGUAA